AUUUUUCUUUCACUUUCAAUUUGACUAAAAUCAGAAAGAGUCACGUUAUUUUCUUGUUAGAGGUCCCAUGCAAAGAUGUCCGGAAUGAUAUUAAAUGAAGACAAUGAUGAAAGUGCUUCUCAGUUUGCAGCAGAAGUCAGGCUCACAUUUUCAGAGUAUGAAGAAAAGAUACUAAAUGAAGACAAUGAUGAAAGUGCUUCUCGGUUAUCUGCCGAAGUCAUGCUCAAAUUUUCAGAGAAUGAAGAAAAGGUCAAGAAGCGACUUGAAGAGUUUGAUAACCUACAGCAUACAGUCAUACAAACGUUUGAGAAAUGUAUAAAUGAAUUGUGCAGCAUCGCAGCUGAUAUUGACCAUUUCCAUAAAGGAGCCGUUACAGCCAACAUCGUUGGGAGCUCUGUGGGAAUAGCCGGGGGUGUUGCUGCCAUUGCAGGGCUUGCUUUGGCUCCUUUUACUUUUGGAGCAUCAUUAACCGUCUCUGCUAUCGGUGUGGGAGCGGCUACUGCUGGAGGAGUAACUGGGGCUAUAGCAUCAAUUGCUGAUAAUGUUCACACUAAAAACAAAUGCAAGGAGGUAGAAAGGAUUUUAGAGUAUGUUAAUGAAGAGAAAGAGAAGAUGCAAGAGAUGCUAAAAGAGAUUGAUGCCUUAAUUACAGAUAUGAAGUCUUUAUUAGGUGUGGAUAAUGUUGAUCUGGCUAGACUGAGUGGAAGAGGGGUGUAUACAGUGGCAGAGGUGGCCCGGGUUAUUCAGCUGGUGAAGUUAUCAACUACUGCAGCUCAAGGGGCCAGUUUAGUAGCACGUGGGGCCCGUGUAGCAGCGGCCGUGUCAGGGAUUUUUGCUGCACUUUUUCUAGUUGUCGACAUUGCGAAUGUUGUAAACAGUGCAAAGGAACUGGGCAAAGGAGCAAAGUCUGAGGAGGCAAAAAAGAUACGAGAAGUUGCUGAUGAGCUAGAAAAGGAAAUUCACAAUUUGAAAUCUAAAGAAGCAGAGUUUAGAAAUUGCAAAACUCUACUGUUUUAAUUCUUGGAUCAUAUUUU